UUGUUGACAUCCACUUUUUUAUUCCAUUUCUUCCCUUCCAUUCUUCCUUCCUUUGCAUCAUCAUCAACCUCACCUCACCAAGUGACCAUCCCAUUCCAUUCCAUUCCCUCUCCCCAAGCUACCACCACCACCACCUCCCUUCUUCUCCUCCUCUCUAGCCAUAGCAUCACCAACCUUCCUUGCCACUCUUGCACACUCCACCUCCUAUUCUCUUCUCAUCUUCUCCGCCACCGCCGCCGCCGUCGCCGUCGUCUUCGCCUCUGCCGCCUUCUUGGAGGAGGAGGAGGAAGGCGGCAUGGGCGUCCAGGAGGAGGCCGCGCUCGCCGCCGCCGUUGUCAAGGGGAAGCGGAGCAAGCGGCAGCGGGCGGCCACGAUGAUCAAGUCGUCUGCGGCGGCGACGGCGGAGGAGUCGAUGGAGUCGUCGCUGUCGUUGUCGGGUGGCGCGGCUGUGGCGGCGGAGGGGUCGUCGACGACGUCGCCGCCGUCGAACACCCGGGGUGACGAGGCCGUGUCCGGGUGUGUGACCGAGGAGGAGGAGGACAUGGCGUUCUGUCUCAUGCUGCUCGCCAGCGGCGGGCACGGCGAGCGCGCGCGGGAUGAGGUGGAGGAGGCGGUGGAGGCGGUCGCGGCGGCGAAGGAGGCCAAGUUCCGGAGCCGGCGACCGGCGGACGGCGCCGGCGCUGGGGAGUUCGUGUACGAGUGCAAGACGUGCAGUAAGUGCUUCCCGUCGUUUCAGGCGCUCGGCGGCCACCGCACCAGCCACAAGAAGCCUCGCCUGAUCGCGCCGCCGGCGACGGAGCCGUCGGCCGACGACAAGAUUAAGCCACCCGUCGCGGAGGCAUCCGCCGCCGAGGAGAAGCCACCGAAGCCAUCGCCGCUACGACAAACCUCGAGACCGAUCGCCACCGAUCCAACAGUGCUCGCGAUCCCGGUGAUCCCGAAGCAAGAGGUGCUCGACGGCACCAACGCCGCCGCCAUUGCCACCAUCUCGAAGCAGCCGCGGGUGCACGAGUGCUCCAUAUGCGGCGCCGAGUUCGCCUCCGGCCAGGCGCUCGGCGGUCACAUGCGGCGGCACCGCCCGCUCGUACCAGCGUCGGCGUCGCCCGCGUCGGCGUCCGUGCUCGACGGCAGGGACGCGCCGAGGCAGAAGGAGAAGAGCCUCCUCGAGCUGGAUCUCAACAUGCCGGCGCCAUGCGACGACGCGGCAACGGCCGAGGCGACGUCCGCGACCUCGCCGGCGGCGGCGGGGUUCGCCUUCGCCGUCGUGCCGGCGGCGUUGGUGGGCUGCCAUUACUAGCAACACAAGGACAAAGAGUAAUUAAACACAAAUUCAAUUCAAUUAGAUAUAAUUCUCUGUCUCUCAUUGCUUACACACAUACAUACUCUCUCUCUCUCUCUCUCUAUUGUGAUCUAAAUAUUUUUCCUUUUCUUUUAUCUUCUUUUUUCCAUUCUAUUACAUUUAAAAUUUGUUCAAAAGAUUGGGAAUUUGGAAAGGGUGAUGUGAACUACUGCUACAGUUGUUUGGAGUUUGACCUUUGUGUGAUUAAUCCCAUUGAUUCAUUCUUUCACAGCUCAUUGACCAGCUGGAGUGUUCCAAUUCUGUUCUGUUUUUCCCCCCUAUUAAUUAAUCCUCUUUAGUACAGACAAUACUACACUUCAUUUGAUUAUAAUUUGGAUUGUUUGCACAUAAUUUUAUCAAAUUAGGAU